AUGCCUCAAAAAAUAUGCGAUGGUGGUUGGAUGUAUCACGUGAAGGCGAAUCCUUGUAGUGGUCCCAAGCCAGCUCCACCGCUUUCUUCUAUUCCCUUGAUUGGCCUUCAACCAGAAGAUCCAAAUGAACUCGUCCUGAAGAGGCCGUUCUCUAAUCUGCGCUCAUCCGACACUCCUUUGAUUCGCCUGCAGAAAAUGGGUGGUCGAAAGGAUCUCCUCUGUUUCCAUGAGAACAAACCUCAAAAGGAUUCCGUGGAGGUGCUUUCUGACUGCGCUUCGAACGACCCUCAGAUAGAAAGGCAGUCUUUUCCAGAUAGCCUACUUAAAAAGUCUGUUGGUAUGCCUCACUCAGAGUGCGUACCAAAACCGCCUGCACAUUCGAAUCCAAAGACCAUGACUUCUCCGUGCCCUCCACUGCCGACAACGGAGCGACCAAGACAGAGGAGGAUUAAGCCGUGGAAUCAACCGAGUUCUCGACCCGGUUACUCCAAGUACAACAGAAUCGUUCCUCCGCUUUCCUUCAUCCGACGGGAGUUCUUCUAUCCUCAUACUGUCAAAUACGUAAGGCCAGGCCUGCUCCUCACCUUGCCAGAAUUCCUACCGAAUGUGAAAGCGCAGUCUGCCAUGACGUUGCCUCCAGUCUGCGCGUUCACCUUUUGUGAACUCUUCUUUACUCUUUGGUCGGUUACUGCACUAAAUGAAGUCGCUUAUCCCAUUCCGGCAGAAAUAACUGAACCGAUCGAGUAUAAUGUAUAUGAGUCUCGUGAGAGUGCUGUGCUUGCUGCAAAGCCGCGUCUGCUCAAAAGUCAACGGGAUGAGAUAAUGUCAACCAUAUUCAAGAACUACAAGACUCAUGAAAGACCGACAGAAUUGCUUAAUGAGUCCACCGUUGUUAAAGUGAACAUGAAGAUUCUUGCCAUCUUUUCUGUCGACGUGCGCAAUAUGGACUACUAUGUGGAUGCACUUCUACGUCAAACCUGGAUGGAUCCCCGAUUGAUGUGGGAACACUUACCUGAGCAUGCAAGCUACACAAUGCCGAUUGUCUCACCGAAUCUGAAGGACCAAGUAUGGCUACCGGAUCUUUUCUUUAGAAACGGAAAGGACGGUUAUUUGCACAAGAUGACUCUCCCUAACUACCUCCUUCGUGUUUAUCCCAGUGGAAAAGUCCUCUAUAGUCAGAAAAUCACAAUGCGUUUUGCGUGUCAAAUGGAAUUGCAAAACUUCCCUAUGGACGAACAGGUGUGCGAUAUAAACAUUGGUUCAUAUGGCUACACACUUCGAGAACUGCGUUUUGAUUGGACAGAUCAAAACGCUCUCGAGCUCACAAAAGACCUUCAGAUCUCUGAGUUUAAUACGCCUGCCAAUUUCACCACUAUCGACUGCACUGAAAAGGCCUCCACCUCUACCGGAAAUUACACCUGUCUUCUGGUGACGUUUCACCUUUCACGACAGUUGGGCAGUUAUUUGGUGACCACUUACAUCCCUAAUGCUCUUAUCAUAAUGGUUUCAUGGGUGAGUUUCUGGGUUCCAGCCGAUGCUGCUCCAGCCCGAGUGCCUCUGGGUCUACUCUGUCUUCAAGGUCUCUGCACUCAAGCCGUAUCUCUUAGCUCAAGCCUUCCUCGAGUCUCCUACACCAAAGCCAUUGAUGUAUGGGUCAUAUGCUCAAUCAUUUUUGUGGUCGGUGCUAUGGCAGAAUACGCAGUAGCACUCACCGUUAUGAACCGCGAGCGAUUGAUCUCUUGGCGUGUCGGAGUGCGACGAAUUGUUCGUGAGGAGUUGGCACGGUGGUGGAAGGCUGUCUAUCACAUGGAAACUUCAAGCAAUGUCAAUCGUGCCUCCUUAGUAACUAAGCGACAGGCUGAGGUAUUUGCUCACGUGGAGGCCAUACUCACACAUCAGGGAGAUCUUCGACCUCCCAAGCAGACCCGCAAAAUGCUUGGCGAGGUCGAGUUGUCAUACUUUCUCCAUACAUUGGUCGUUUCAAUUUUACAGCGUGAUCUUCCGACCCAACCCGACUGCCUUGCUGACCUUCUGACGCACAAGUAUGCUGAAGAAGAUUAUCAAAUGCAGAAAAAAUUCUGGAAUGACUACUUAAGUCAAGUGAAAGAUAUCAACUGCUGUCAGCCAAAGACAGUGAAAGUUGUCACCAGUCGUUUUAACCUCACACCCAAGCAAUGUUAA